UUUAAAUUUCUUUGUUAUAUUAUUCGUGUUACCGUUAAUUUUGUGUCUCAACCGAACCCUCGCUGUCGUCAUCUCGAUUCAGGCGAGAUUCUUAUCAAAAGGUUACCAACGCGAUCGCAUUGACCGAACAUCGAACGACCAAAAUGACCGAAUUCAAUCCGGAAUUCCGCGGUUACCGAUCGCCGCUGAGCACCCGCUAUGCCAGCAAGGAGAUGCAGUAUCUGUUCAGCGAGCAGAACAAGUUCUCCACCUGGCGGAAACUAUGGAUCGUCCUGGCCAAGGCGCAAAAGGAAUUGGGUCUGGAGAUCAACGAUGCUCAGAUUGCCGAGAUGGAAGCCCAUACGGAGGACAUUGAUUUCAUGGCGGCAGCCGAAGAGGAAAAACUGACCCGUCACGAUGUGAUGGCCCACGUGCAUGUGUUUGCCAAGCAGUGUCCGCUGGCGGCGCCGAUCAUCCAUCUAGGUGCCACUUCCUGCUACGUGGGAGACAAUACCGAUCUGCUGGUGUUGAAGGGCGGGUUGAAGUCGUUACUUCCGAAGUUGGUGGGUGUUAUAAAGCGUCUGUCGGAGUUUGCCGUUGAAUACCGAGAAUUACCGACGUUGGGAUUUACCCAUCUGCAACCGGCUCAGUUGACUACGGUAGGCAAGCGAUGCACCCUAUGGGUCCAGGAUCUGCUAAUGGACGAGCGGGCGCUGAGAAAUUGUCUAGAAAAUUUGCGCUUCCGAGGCGUGAAAGGAACAACCGGAACCCAGGCCUCGUUCCUGCAGUUGUUUGCCGGAGACGGAGAAAAGGUGAAGCAGUUGGAUCAGAAAGUAACGAACCUGGCAGGAUUCGAGAAGUACUACGCCGUCACGGGACAGACUUAUAGCAGAAAAGUUGAUCUGGAGAUUGUCUCCGCUUUGGCCAGUCUGGGAGCAACGGUGCAUAAAAUGUGCUCGGAUCUGCGUUUGCUAGCGUCGCGCAAGGAAGUCGAAGAACCCUUCGAACAGACUCAAAUCGGCAGUUCCGCUAUGGCCUACAAGCGCAAUCCGAUGCGUUCGGAACGUUGCUGCGCUCUGGCCAGGCAUCUGAUUACUCUACACGCCAGUGCGGCCAACACUUUGGCCGUUCAAUGGCUGGAACGUACGCUGGACGACUCGGCUAACCGUCGCCUGACGCUGUCGGAGGCCUUCCUCUCGGCCGAUGCCUGUCUCCUCACGUUGCUGAACAUUUCCCAGGGCUUGGUGGUCUACCCGAAGGUCAUCGAGCGUAACAUCGCCCAAGAGCUGCCGUUCAUGUCCACCGAGAAUGUGAUUAUGGCCAUGGUGAAGGCAGGAGGCGAUCGGCAGAUUUGUCACGAAAAGAUCCGGGUGCUUUCACACGAAGCCGGUGCCCAGGUUAAACAGCACGGCAAGGACAACGAUCUGGUGGAGCGCAUCAAGGCUGAUUCGUAUUUUGCGCCGAUCUUGGGCGAUUUGGACAAGAUUUUGGACCCGAAGACGUUCACCGGGCGGGCUGCCGAUCAGGUGCUGGAAUUUGUGCGGCAGGAGGUCGAUCCGGUGGUGGCCAACUACGGCAGCAACGUCGAGACCAAGUCCAUUGGGUUGGCUAUUUAGGUGAUUGUCUUCCAUUUGAACUGCUUGGAAUUCGGAUAAAGUAAAUUGUAUGUGGAUUAGUGCGUAAUGGGAGUUUCGGGAUGUUUUAGA